GAAGAGUCUCCUGAAUGGCCGGUGCAUCGUCGUCGUUGACGUCUCCGGUGACAGAGGAGGAGAUAACACUGACUGUCAAAUGGAGUGGCAAGGAAUACACCGUCAGAGUAUGCGGCGACGACUCCGUUGCUGAGCUAAAACGACGUAUUUGUCAACUCACCAACGUACUCCCUAAACGCCAGAAACUUCUUUACCCUAAAAUUGGAUCCAAGCUCGCUGAUGAUUCUACUCUUUUGUCUACUCUACCGCUCAAAUCUUCUCUCAAGAUGACAAUGAUCGGUACUGUUGAAGAUGAUAUAAUCGUGGAUCAAGUUGAUGCUCCAGAGAUUGUUGAUGAUUUUGAAAUCGGGCAAGAUGAAGUUGUAGACAUUAAGGAUAAGGAGGUCAACAAGCAGAAACUGAAGAGACGAGUUGAGCAAUAUAAGAUUGAACUUCGAAAUCCAUGCCGAGAAGGGAAAAAGCUUCUUGUAUUGGAUAUAGACUAUACUCUCUUUGACCAUCGUUCAACAGCAGAAAACCCGCUUGAACUCAUGCGACCUUAUCUUCACGAGUUCUUGUCAGCUGUUUAUGCAGAGUACGACAUCAUUAUAUGGUCUGCAACAAGCAUGAAAUGGGUUGAAUUGAAGAUGGGACAGCUUGGGGUACUCACUAAUCCCAGUUACAAAAUUACUGCUCUUCUAGACCAUUUAGCAAUGAUCACAGUUCAAUCAGAUAGUAGGGGUAUCUUCGACUGCAAACCGCUUGGCUUAAUUUGGGCACAUUUUCCUGAGUUCUACAGCUCAAAGAAUACUAUAAUGUUUGAUGAUCUACGGAGAAACUUCGUGAUGAAUCCACAGAACGGAUUAACCAUAAAACCAUUCAGAAAGGCACACGCAAACCGAGACAGUGACAGGGAACUAGUGAAGCUCACCCAGUACUUGCUCGCCAUUGCUGAUCUGGACGACAUCAGCAUCCUCGAUCACAAGAAAUGGGAGUUCUACGAUGAGGCAAACGUCAAGCGAAGACGCCACACGUAGCAAGAAUGUCUCUCCUGGUCCCGGCAUCCUUCUCAAGAUAUGUUUGUAGUCUUGAAGAUCAUUUAGGGGACCUUAUUUAUGAUGCAAGCCUCUUCUUAUUUUUCCCUUGUCUUUCACACAUUUGUAGGGGUGUUUCUUGCUUGGUUAAAUUCGGUUUAUUCUAUUAAGGUCAAUUGGUUAACUUAUUAUACC